AUGGACUCGCCUAAAUGCACAAAAAGCUAUUUUGUUGAGCCAAGAGGAAGCCAAAAUGAUUUUGAGCAAGUUUUGAGUGGUUAUUAUGAUACAAUUCGUAGCAAGAAAUAUAUCUGCCAUACACUGACUCUCAUGCAAAUUCAAAAGGAAGAUGGCACAGGAAAGGAGUAUCCUUUGGGAGCUACCCUUGAGGCCACCAAAAAUACUUUGAUUCAAGACAGUAUAAAACUCUUAUUGGAUUUCCGUGUUGUUUUUUUAUCAAGAGUUGGGAUUGAUAUUGAAGCUAAGAGAAAUGAUGAUUAGUUGGAUACAUGAAGGGUUUCAGAGCUUCUAAAGACAGCUUAAUGAUGAGUUACUGAAACAAGGUGCCCCUUUAUAGCAGUGUAGUAUUAUGUUAUCUAGUUAGGGAAAACCUCUUAAUAACAAUGUACAAUAAGAUCCC